AUGGCCGCAGCAGGAGCGGGCGGCGACACCUCGCCGGAGGUCGAGUUCACCUUUCUCCGACCGAUGCACCAGCCGCGCACCCUCGCGCGCCCCGCGUCGUCCUACCUCUCCAACCCGACCUCGCCGACCCCUCCCUCACGCCCGACCUCGCCGCCGCCUGUGCCGGUCGCAGUACCCUCAGCAUCCCAACAGCGCGCACUGAGCCCCAAGCCGAUGCGCAACGGCGCACCUCGCCUCGGCGGGCUCGGCCUGGGCGGCAUCGCUCCUCCUGAACCACCACCCCACUUUCGCUCGCCGUCCCUGCCCCGACCAGCGCCCACACCGCCUCCUCGACCCACCUCAGCCGCACCUCCUCCUCUUCCUGAGCGCCGACCCGCGUCGCCGGCCACCUUCGCGCCCUCGGCUUCGGCCGUCACGACCCGCCCGUUCCUGUCGCCCGAGCUGGACAAGCCGACGGUCCGCACCGGCGCGUUCGCGCUCGACACGCACGCCGCACCCGAUCAGGUCCUUCCCGGACCGAGGAGCCGUGACGUGACGCCCGAGGGCGCCAAGGGCGUGGCGGCCCGCGCAGCGGCGCCCGCAGAGCCGGUCGCCAGCAGCGCUCGUCCUGCCGACGUGCCGGCUCGCGCCGAGGCGGUCGAGGACGACAGCGAGGACGAGCUCGAGCAGGCGCCGCACGAGCCCGAGUGGCUCCAGCCGUCGCCGCAGGCCGAGCGGUCCCUCGACAGCCUCGCCUUCGCACCCGUCGUCGAGCCGACUCGCGACGUCGAGGCGGACCGCUUCGUCGCCGGCGACCCGACGUCGCUACUCGGCGCCGUCGCUACGGCCUCGAGCAGGAGCGCCGUCGAUGUGGGUCCUGCCGGGCCUGCAGAGUCGGACGACUCGGACGACGAGGACGGCGACUUUGACGAUGCGCGAUCCUCGGCCCCGUCGCUCGCCGCCUCGGCCGACGAUGCGCCGGUCGUCAGCGUCGUCGACGAUGACGCGCAUGCGCAGUCAGUCGCUGUCGCCGUGCCCGAGGAGGACGAGCCAGAGGAGGACGAGGAGGUCGUUCUCGACGGUCCGUCGAGCGUCUCGCCGGCGUCGUCCCGCCCGGGCAGCACCUUCGAGGCGCCCGCGCCAGCAGAUGACGAGCCGGCGCCGGCGCCGCUCGACGUCUUGCGGUCCGACGAGCGAGCGCAGCCGCAGCACGUCGCCGUCGCGCUCCUCGCGCGCGCCGAGCGGUCGAGCUCGUCUGCGGGCUCGCAUGGCGGCGACGGCGUCGACGACACGGCGACCGACGACCACGUCGACGACGAGUCGGUCGCCGUGUCGUCGCCUGCGCUCAGCCGCAGCACGUCGUUCGCGGGCAGCCUCGCGUCCGAGUACUCGUCGCACGAGCCCGUCGUCAACUCGCACCCGCCCCCUUCCUCCCAGCUCGACGAGCCGACAUCCACAUCGCUCGACCUCGCCGCCAAUCCGCCGUUCGCGCCCACGUCCCAGGUCGAGCUGGCGCGAGACGAGUCGGUCGGCGAGAAGGAGGAUCAGCGAGAUGCGGCCGCCGUCUAUCCCUCGCCGCCGUCGUCGCCGUCGUAUUCGCCCGCGCCCGAGCGCGUGUCGAGCACGACGAGCGCUCCCGUCGCCCCGACGAGCGACUUGUCUGAGCCGGUCGAGUCCGCUCCUGCAGCAGCACCUGCGCCCAUCGACAAGUCGCCCUCGUCCUCCUCGUCGACGGCCCCCUCGUCUCAGCAAACGUCCCGCCCUGCGACCCUACCCGCAUCGCCCUCGUUUAACUCGUACGCCGGCCUCGGCCUGCGCCUGCCCUCGUCGCUCGGCCGCAACAAGCGGUCGUCCUUCGUCCCGCCAGCGUCGCCACCCGUCUCGCCAGAGACCGCCGAGCAAGGCCUCCCGACCCUGGUCGUCUCGGACGCCUCGGCGGCGCAAAGCAACGUCGGCGCCGCCUCGAGCUCGUCGCCGCGAUCGGACGACGCCAAGGAGGCCGCGUCGGUCAAGGACGAGCUCUCGGCGCCGACCGUGCCCGUUGCCACGUCGCCCAUCGCCCGCGACUAUGCGCACCUCCCACCCGAGCCCAACACGCCGACGACCGCCGACAACAACGAGCUCGGCGUCGACUCGUCGCCGACGGCCGCCGCUGAGCCCGAGGCGGCGCCCACUCCUCGCCCCCGGCGCGAGGCCGAGCUGCCGGCGCUCGACGAGGAGCCCGCCGUCUUCUCGUCAGCCGACAUCCUCGCGGCGCCCGUCUUUGGCGACGACGACGAGUUCACGCCGGCGUCGUCGGCCAGUAACUCGCCGGCGCUCACGGCGCGAACCGCCGGGUCCGACUUUGCCGACGUCAACGACGUCCCCGAGGCGCCGCUAGCGGCACCGGCGCACGACGAGCGUCGAGCUCUCGACGCAGCGUCGCCCUCAGCUGUUGUUGAGGAGCCGGCGGGCCCGAGCGGUCCCGGCGUCGUCGACGUCGGCGUCGCGGUUGCAGGCGCGAUCGUCAUGGGCGGCCUCGCCGUCGGGACGUCCGCCCUGCGAGGGCUCGCGGGCUGGGCCUGGCGCAGCGAGCCUGCAGCCGCGUCGGCGCCGGCAGCCCAAGCCGCUGCGCCGGUUGCGCGGGUCGAGCCGCCGGCGCAGGCCGACGUGCCCGCCGAGGAGCAGAAGGUGCCGGGCGGGACCGAGACGGCACGGUCGGUGUCGUCGAGCGAGCGGGCCGAGUCGUCGGUCGUGUCGACCGACUGGGGCGAGAUGGAGUUUGACGCGCCUGAGGGCUUCCUCGACGAGUUCAAGCAGGCCAUGCAGGAGAUCGGCGUCGCCGAGCUCGAGGCCGAGGACUUGGCGGCGCAGCAAGCGGCCUACCUCGCCGCGUCGCGCCAGCACGACGAGGCGCUCGAGGGCGAGCCUCGUCCCGAGCCGACGUCGUCCUCUGGCGAGUCGACGCCGGCGGGCUCGGUGCGCACGGUCGUCUUCCCGUCGGCGGCACCGCGCUCGAGUCGGCCGUCGUCCAUCUCGGGCGGGUCCGUGCGCUCGGCGCGCCGCCAGCAGCGCCCGCUCACGCCGGCCGACGAGGGCGACGAGAUGGACGAGCUCGACCGCAUGCUUGCGCCCGUCUGGGACGGGCGCGGCUACGUGCAAGAGCGUCGCGCGUCCCCGGCGGCGUCGGUUGCUCGUGCCGCGCCGGUCGCGCCCGCCUCGCCGACCAAGUACGGCUACGCCGCACCGCCAGGCCUCGCGGGCAGUACACCUUUGUCGCGCACGCUCUCGCCGCCGUCGUCGGCGCUGUCGCGCUCGACGUCGUCCAUCAGCUCGUCCCUGUCGUCGCGCGCACCCCCUACCGCCAAGCAGCAGCAGCAGUCGAGCCCGUCGCGCUUCGGCCGCAGCCUGUUCGCCCUCGGCUCGUCGUCGAAGGAGCCCAAGUCGCCCAAGGGCGCCAAGCUCAAGAAGGGCCGGCCCGAGCACGGCUCGAGCGCCGCUCCGCCGUCGCCGCUCAAGGCGCAGUCGCCCAAGGUCGCCUCGCCGCAGUCAGCCAAGUCGCUCUCGUCGAUAGACGAGGACGGCCGGUCGGCGUACACGUCGGCGUCGCACAAGCCGCCUUCCCGCCGUCGCUCGUUCGUCUCGUUCGGCGGCAGCACCAUCGGCAGCGGCGGCGGCUCUGCCGCACCCGUCACCUCGAUCGAGUCGCGCAUCGCCGACACGACGUACGUGCACUACGGCUCGUCGGCGCCCAAGGCCAAGCGCCGCGAGUCGGCCGCAUCGAUCGCCGCCGACUUGUACGCCUCGCGCGACCCGGUCCUCAUCCCUGGCGUCCCUGCCUCGCCCUCGGCGUUCACCUCGCUCCUCCCGCCGCAGCCUGAAUCGAGCCCGCCGAGGCGCCGCUCGUCGCUGCGCUCGCCGCAGGCCGAGAGCAAGCUCGCGCGCGUGCGGUUCGCCAACGCGACUCGCGGGCUCGGCUUGAGGAGCGUCGCCGAGGACGAGGCCGAGCGUGGCGGCGACGACGUUGCGCUCAAGUGGAUCGGCGUCGGGCGAGGACGGUACGGCAACUUGACGAUUAAGGAGGGCGAAGAGAUGGACAUCCUGUACGACGACCAGGUCAAGUCGAUCAAGGGCAAGUGGCGGAGCUUCGGCUCGGAGCAGAGUCGCGACUGGAGCAACGUCCGGAUCGACUGAGCGGCGCGAGGAGGAGGAGGAGGUCGGACGAGCACUGUAUCUUUAUCUCGCUCUCUCUAUGUCGCACUGUCACUGUAUCGAGUCGCUCUUUGAUCAUGC